UUGCAAUAACACAGAUUCUCAUUCACCUUACCAAGUCAGCAACCCUCAAGCUCUGCUCAGAAUCCUUGCUGGUCUUAAAGCAGUCAAACUCUUUCCACCUCUUUCUUCUCUUCUCCCACCAACGCCAACAACCUCACCUUUCACACAAUCAGCCAUCUAUCCGUCAACUCCACCCAACUCAUCUAAGCAUUCCACCAAGAGCCUUAAAAAUGCGCUGGACCAAAGAAAACGAAGAAAUCCUCUGGCGCACCUUCUUCGAGACUCAGAAUGUCAACAUUGAUCUCGACAAGCUCGCUAACGGCUGGCCGGGAGCAGAAAAGCCCACCCCCAAAGCUCUCAAAGAGCAUCUUUCCAAGUUCCGCAAAAACCUCAGGGGCGAAAACACCGUGACCUUCAGCAUGAGCGUCAAGCGUAAGACCGACUCGGAUGUUGAUGGCUCGCCUCAGAAGAAACGCACGCCCAAGAAGGCAAAGAAGGAAAAAGUGCAGGAGGAAGUUUCGGGUGAUGAUGCGUGACUACUAAGCUGCUUCUGCUUUGGAGAGGCUUGAUUUGAAUGAGAAAGCAAGCAUUGUACUCUCGGAAAUCUAUGGAGAUUAUGAAUUAG